AUGCCGCUCCAGCUUGAGGAUAUGAGAUUUGGAGAUGCCGCGGCAUAUGCCAACACAUAUGCCACCUCGUUCAACAGCGACCCUUAUUCUAGAGCCUCCUUCGCACACGAGACAUUUGAUGAGCGGGUAGCAGGCCUUAUACGCCGCUGGCCCAAAAAUUAUAGCGAAGCUCUUAAUAUUUACAAAAAGGUCGUCGACACUGAGACAGGGGAGUUGGUUGGUUGGGUCAAAAUUGGGUUUCAGAACACCGAUAUUGAUCCCAAUCGAUUUACUCCAACUGAUGCUCCAGAGGAUAUGAUUAGCAAACGUCCGCAGGCCCCGAAACCCCAGACUGAGGUUCCUUCUGGGUCUGAUUUUAGUAGUAGAGCUGCGAGGGCACAAUUACGGGAUUUGGGCAAUCGGCCUGCAAUUAUUUUGAAGCUCAUUGGCACACAUCCCAAGGCGCAACGACGUGGUGCGGGGAGCUUGCUGAUGGGCUGGGUCACAGACUUAGCUGAUCGAGAAGGUCUUGCUUGCUGGGUGACUGGUUCUCCAAUGGCCGUUCCAUUAUACAAGAAGUUUGGCUUUCAAGUUAUGGAAGAGAUUACUGUCGAACUGCCUGGGACUAGUGAUGGAGAAACUUACACACAUACGUGUAUGCUUCGCGAACCGAAGAAACCCGAAGCGGCUUCUUGA